UACACGGAGUUUCCAGGCCCUGAACUUAGUCGCGCGCGGUGAACGUUCCGUCCUACCGUCGAAUCUUCGCGCGCGUCCCGUCCGAGAGUGACAGUUCGAAAAUCUCUUUUACCCGGAAGACAAAUGGUAUCGCUGGUGCCGCGGGCAUCGUUAGAUUGUCAACGGGGCGGUGGCACGCGUGCGUCGCGGGCCUCGUUAACGUGUCCCGUGCACAGUAACGAAACCGCGAAACACCGUGGCGAUAUCGCGCGAGGCGCGUUCGCGUGGAGGCUGAACUGGCGGUGACUGGCUCGUCCGCCGAGCGACACGGACUUCACGGUAUAGCCGCGCACGGUCACGUGGCAUCGGGAAUAAAACGCGGUGAACAGUAUCUCUCUAUCGGCGAUGUCAACAACCGGGCGCGGAGGAGAAGACGUCGGACACACCGCCUGAACCGCGAAACCGUCGCGUGGCCGUAGGUGCGCGCAAACGGUCACGAACUUUGUUUACAGUCGACCCGCGCGCCGUCCGUUCGGCACCGUUCCCUCUUCUCGUUUCUAAUUCCCAAUUCGUUAUCUCUCCCCACGGGUUCCUUUCGUUCCGCUAUUCGCCGCGGUCUAUCGUGCGAACUUUCGAAAAUUCGAAACCGGUGGUCGUCGGUCGAAUCGGACAGUGAAUGCAACAAACGCGAUCCACGUGAACAUCGUGCGCGACAGUGGUGCGACGGACGCGUGUGCGUGCUCGAAUUAAUAUACAUGUACACGUACGCACACCUAUUCCACUACGUAUAUACAUAUACGCACACUGGGACCCGACCGGCUCCGUGAACUGAUCGACGCCCGUUUCGAGCCGUUAGAGGAGAUUGCGAAUCGUGUGUUCGUCCGUCGUGUGGUUCGUGCGCAACAGGGAAGAGCGAGAGAAGAACACGAGUACAAGAGGUGGCAGAGGAUGCUCGGCUCGAGGGCAGCGGCGGGAGACGAGGUCGCAGCAGUAGCAGUAGCGCGCGUCAGGCGCUUCGAUAGCAGGGGUUCUCACUGAGCUGGCUUACCCUGCGGUGGAUUUAGGGGGCUGUAUGGAGGCCGGGGGGCUCCUGCCCCGCCAGCCCCCGCAAGGCCCCCCCGGCACAGCGCCUGGUCAGAUCUCGGUCUGCGUGGGCCAGGCACCGCCGAACACCGGCAACAACAAUACCGGCAACGUUAUCGGCCAAUCGGCCGGCGGGAUCCACGAUCUGAACGCGGCCGGCCAGUUGAACGUGACCGGUCAACAACAGCUGCAGCUGCAGCAACAAAUGGGUCAGGCACCUGGUAUGGGUGAGGUGCUCACCCCCAAGAGACAGGCGGUCGUCGAUCGUCUCCGUAGGAGGAUCGAGAAUUACCGUCGCAGACAGACCGAUUGCAUACCGAGGUUCGAUCAGAGCUUCAACGGGCUCUGCGAGCAGAACAUACAGGACACCCUGGUGCUGAAGCAACGAUUCCUCGAGAGCAAAGCGAAACGGCAGGCGAAGAAGACUGAUAAGAAGCAGAACGACCCGGUCGGACUAUCCAGCGUUCACGUGCAGCAAAAAUUCGUGAAGAGGACGGCCGAGGAGUUGGAGCCAGCCGGCGGCGGUACCGGGGACGGUGGUUUCGGCGAGCCACCGGUGAAGCUGCAAUGCACGCAGGCGCAGCACCAGCAUCAGCAGGGUCCUGGCGGCGGCGGGGGCGGCGGUGGCGGCGGAGGCGGCGGGAGCGGGCCCCAUCACGGGCACGGGCAGCAUACGGCCGGGAACGGCGCGAACUCGACGGGCCCGACGCACGCCGGUUCCGGGAACGGCGGCGGGAACGCCGGGAACGAGGGGCUGACCAAGUUCUCGGCGGCGACCGGCGGUAUCGGCUGCGUGGACAUCGGUAACCUGGUCGAGUGCAAGCAGGAGCCGGACAACGAGUUCGUCGACCUGGAGCAGUGCGCCGCCGCGCUGGAGAAGGACGCGGCCGCGAACGGCGCAGGGUUCCCCGGGUUCUCCGACUUCAUGGGCGACGACACGGGCGACGAGAUCAUCACCUCGGACGCGUUCAAGGACCUGAUCUCCGAGAUCUCGGACUUCCACCCGGAGUUCAUGAAGGACUUCGACUUCGAGGACAAGAUACCCGUCGAGGCGCUCGCGACGAACGCGGCGGUGGCGGCCGCCGCCGCGGCCGCGGCCAACAACAACAACAACAACAACAGCAUCGCGACCAAUAACGGGCAGAUCAAGAUCGAGGACGACAAGGACGCCCUGCACCAGCAGCACGUGAACGCGAACAACAACAGCGUGAACAACGGCACCGCGACCAACAACGGCAGCUCCCUGCCAGCUAACUCCAGCCCCGGCGCUCUCGGCUCCGCGCAGUACUCGCCCGCCAGGUUGCCUUACUCCAGCUUGGACUUCAAGUCGGAGAUGAGCCCCGCGGCUCAGACGCUGAAGCAGAUGGCCGAGCAGCACCAGCACAAGAGCCAGCAGCUGGGCCUCGGCUUCAACCCCGGCGCGGCCGCGGCCGCCGCCGCCAGGGGCCCGACCGCUCGGUCCCCUUACGCGGAGUUCCCGCAGUUCGGCGGCACCUCGGACUACCUUGGCAGCCCCGGCAGCGCCGGCCCGCCCGGCGCCCAGUCCCAGGCGACCUCCGGCACCGGCUCUUAUCAUAAGAACAACGGGACCACGGCGUUCCAGAGCCAGCAGACGACCGACAUGUUCGUCGGCUCGCAGACGCAAUUCGCCGCUGGACUGGCGGACAUGAAGAGACCGCAGCCUGCCGCCGGCGGCAAGCCCAGCAUGAUUGGACCCAGCGGCGGGUACAAGCAGCAGUACUCGCCCUACGGCGGCAGCCCGGGAUCCAUGCCCAACCACGGCAGUCCCGGCUACCCCCUGCCGCCCAGGGGCUCGCAGGGCGCCGGACCCAACCAGACCGGAUCCCAGGCACCCUUCACCAGCUCCACACCCCCGCGGCCUCCCUCGGGAUCCGGCACCUCGUCCCUGCAGAUCAACCAGGCGCAGCAGCUACACAUCAACAACCCCGGGCAUCAGAUUCAGGUGUCCGCGGGCCAGCAUAUGCAGCUAACGGGAGACCUGAAGGUGUCCGUGGCGGCUCAGCAGGGCAUGUACUUCACCCAGCAGCAGACGCCGAACCAGUCCGGACCAGGUGGCCAGACCGACACCUAUUGCUCGGUCUCCCAGUCCCAGACCAUCAACUUCACUCAACAGAGUCUGAGGCAACGAGCAGCGGCGGCGGCGGGCGGUGUCCCCCAGCCUGCGGGGGCGGCCGGCGCACGCAGCCAUCCUCAGCAAGUGCCGCCGAAUCAAGUGGACCAACAUCAGCACGCGAAGAUCAUCCAGCAGCAGCAACUGAUGCGCGCCCAGCAGGUGAUGCAACAGCAACAGCACAUGGCCGGCGGAAUGGGAGGCGUGAGACCGCCGCCGCCGGAAUACAAAGCAGCGGCGCAGGCCCAAAUGAUGCAUGGUAUCGGCAUGGGUCAGCAGGCGAGGUUUCCCAAUACCGGGCCUAUGCGCAGGGUUACGCAACAACCGAUGCCACCUUCAGGUCCGAUGAUGAGGCCGCAAAUGGCGCAGCAGCAGCAGCAGGCGUUGCACGCGGCCGGUGGCAACAUGUACAUGGGCGGCGGCGGUAUGGCCGCCAUCGGCGGCAUGCACCAGAUGCACCAGCGUCUCGGCUAUCCUAGGACCAACAAUCAACGGCCGCCUAACGUCAGCGUCGGCCCGCCCGACGGCCUUGGGAAUAGCAUCGCCGGCCGCGGCGCCCAGCAGGAGUGGCGACACGUCCUGAUGCAGCAGCAGGGCUUUCAGACGCAGAUGCGAUCGCAAUUCAACCAGCAAGGUCAUCAAGGUGGAUUCGGAAUGGGCGGCACAGGCGGAAUGCAGAUGAACGCCGCACAGAUGCAGCAUCAACAGUUGAUUCGCUCCCAGAGCGGAGGUAUCGCUGGCUCCGGCAUGGGCAACACCACUCAGAUGCAGCAGCUACUGUCGCAGCAACACCAGCAGCAGACAUUAGCGAUGCAGCAGAGUAAUAAUCAGAUGUCACUGCAGAUGCAAAUGACGCAGUCCUCGUCGGUCAACUCUGUCAGCAGUACAGGCACGGGUUCCCCGCUGCACCCGCACCAGCAAUACGGCGCGGGCAGUCCGGGUGUGCGCAGCCUGCCGCAGCAACAGCACGCGCAACCGCCGGCGACCACCACGGACCCGUCGGUGGCCGCGGCGGACUUCAGCCUCGAGUUCCUGGAGAACCUGCCGACCGGUGACACGUCGAACUUCAGCGCCCAGGAGCUCCUGAACUCGCUCGACUCGACGGCGAGCUUCAACCUCGAUAUUCUGUAAGGCCACGCCACGUGGGGCGGUCCAUUCGGGAAAUCGGAUCUAACCAGGGCCGGUCGGGACAGCGGCGGUGGCGGCGACGGCGACGGCGGCGGCGUCUGCGGCGGGGACGCGCGGGACCAUGCGAACAGACCCACCCCUCCCGCGCACCGUCCCCGAAUUCCUUCGCAAUUCGCGCGUCGAUCCGCUUGCCCGCGUGUCCCUCGGGAACGGCGACACGCGACGUGGAACGUGAUCGUGCGGGCGAAGCGGGAAACAGCAGGGACGACGGAGGCAGCACGGCGAUUGGUAGAAAUAAUUAGAGAAAGCACAUCCGACGCGAGACGCUUCUGACACUAGGAUCAACGAGUAUUUAUAGGACACGUGGUUCUCACAGAAAUUAUACGAACAUCGUUCUCUACGUUUCCGGUGGCACUCGUAACGGUAGAAGCUGUUGAGUUCCGAUCCUCUCGAGGCGGUCGGUGGAUGCUUGUUACGUUCGGCAAACGCGUCGACCGUCGCGAGAAGCUUGAAUUGAUUACCGAUGAUUUGGUAUCUUAGUUGCGCGACCGAAUGUGUCGAUUCGGCGCGAGUCUUCUUCCCGCGAUCGCCUCCGAGAGAUGGAGAACCGCGGCGGUCGACGCGUGGGGAAGUUGGAAUCGCUUUGUAAACGGCUCACGCGUGCAUCGUAUCGUUUGCAGUUUAAUGGAACGGGAGUUUAACGAGGUUCCGUUAUGAGCAUUAGCGAUGUUACUUUCGAUCGGUACUUCUAAUAGAGGAAGCUUCGAGUUUCAACUUCGACUCGCCUACUGAGAAGCCGUCUCGAAAGGGUGGAGGGAAUUUCGUGAACUCAACGCUUCCAUCGGCGAGUCGCAAAGAGGACCGAAGCUAGUUUACAGUUCCAUCUGAUCGUUCUAGUGUCGAAGCGGUCCGCUGUUUACCGAGAUAAGAGCACGUUUCCCCGCGACGAUCACGGGCCUCGAACCGAGGAACGCCUUCCCGACGCUUCCGAUUCGACGCGCGGCGCGAGCCCGUCGAGCCGGAGUGACGCUCGCGCGAUCCGGCCGCGCGCUUCCCGUGUAAUAUAGUAUCGACUAGCAAAAGAAAACUCUCGAGCCACCCCGUGAGAAACGAGUUCCGCCUCGGCGAUCGUUCACCGUUUGAACACGCCGUCGUCGUCUCGUCCGUCGCGCGUCGCUCGAAGGCCGACCGUGUGUUUUGGGGGUGGUCGGAGGAAGAGAAGCGCGGAACACCCGGUUCGACGAUCGCGCGCGUCGAGUAGUGCAUUUUCGGCAGCUAAGCUUCGCGGCUGGCGACCUCUUCUUUCUAGGCAAUCACAUUUUUUAGGUAACAAUUGAAUUCUCUUAACGGUAUAAUCGGACACGAUCGCAGGCGGGCAGGGGCGAGGAGGAGGAUGAUACAGCGCGCGCGAGCGCGUGGCGAAUCAAGAGGCGGCGGAACUCGACGGGGAGGGAGGACAGCCCUGCUCGCGUUCCGUGUUCUUUUUCUUUCCGGCAGCGGCGGCGGCGACGACCGCGGCGCGGUACGAGUAGUUCUUUUUCUCUCGCCCUCGGUUCUUCUCGUUCCGGUUCCCUCGUUUCUUUCCUUCGCGGUCUUCCUUCGCCUCCCCCAGCUAGAACGGGGAGAGGAGGAUCGGUCGACCGGCCGGUCGCUCGCGACACGAGUGCCCGCGUCGACGACACCGGCGGCGCGCUCGGUGGCUUCGACGGGCACUCCGCGGGACGGCGGAGACCCGUUCUCUUGAUUUCUCACGCGACCCGGCGCGACGCUCUUGCGAACAAGCUCCCGACGAAUGGAGCGACAAAACUUGGGGGGUCGCGUUCCAGACACGCCGCGCUCGAACGACAGUGUUCCGAUCCGACGGUGUCGCGACGAGACGGCUGGGAGCGUAGCGUUAUUUCACGACGGCCGCGACACGGCGUUAUUCUACAAUUAAACAGAAAGUCAAUUAUGAGGAUACAUUAUUCGAUCGACUUCUUCUCGUGGCCUGGCCGGGCCUCGGCUCGAUCCGAUCGGUCGCUUCGCGUUGGGUUCGUGUUUGCUGCGUGAAUGAGAGGGUGAGAGCGGGAGUGUGACAGUGAGAGAGAGAGUGGGAGAGAGAGUGAGGAAGAGAGAGAGAGGACGAGGGAGAGAGAGGGUGUGCGAGAGAGAGUGCAAGAGAGAACCCUUCCUGAGGACGCGUCAACGUUGCUAUGCCCGGAGUUAAACGGAGAGAGAAGGUGGAUACUUUGACUGUACAUAAGCAUACACGAGUUAGAGAGAGGAAUUUCGUGACGAUAAGCUCGCAAAGUUUAGCCGAUUAUAUGAUUAAGGACCCUAUGGUAUAGGUGAAUAUUAUUAAUGAUAAUAGUAAUUGACGAUAGACGGUCGAUACGCGUGACGAGCGAAUGGGAAUCGCGGAGAGAAAGAGAGAGCGCGAGAGAAAGAGAGAAAGAGAGAGAGAGGUGCAGAGAAUAAGGUUCGGGAAAGGGGAGGAUUGAGAAUGGACGAGCGAGUAUAGAGGGGGUGAGUGCGAGGACACGUGGAUGUCGUGUAGAGGCGACGGAGCACAUGUUCCCCCGAUCGAGCGUAUUUAUUCAGUUUAGUUCCGCGGGGAUGUGCUGCGUCGCGCGAACUUGCACACAAAUAAUCACGGUCAGGUGUGGACGCCGUUUCCGGCGCGACGAAUCGAUCUCCUUUACCGUUAAGCUGGUGUUUACCGCGCGAAAUGUCAGGGAAGACGUCGAUCUUCGUUUCAAGUCAUCGGGGAAAGGUGAAGACUGUUCUAUAGUCGCCACGUCGUUUGGUCGUUCAAGGUCGUCUCUCCCCACUCCAGCUUUCAUGUUGCCGAAGCGCACGCCCCCAGGGCGGAGCGCUUGCGCUGACGAUCUCGCGCCGAGGGAGGUGGAAACGAUGGACGGGGCUCAGCGGCGAGCUUGAACGAUCACUCGUUCUUGUCGUUCGAUCAAGAUUUCGCGUGAGGAACGACGUGUGACGUGAAAGGGACGCGGUUCGUCGUUGCCGGUCGGCUCCGCGACUAAUCUUCCAAAUAGUGAUACAUUCCAUAGAUAAAGAAAGCUGAAAAAAAGAAGAGGAAGGGAAUGAAGUGAGGAAUCCACGGUUCGUCUAAUCAAAAAUAUCGUUUCUAAAAGCGGAUGAGGGGCGUGGCUGGAAUGGGGCGUGGCGGAGACAGCGGAGGGGGAACGUUUGACGGGGCCGCGACAGUCGAACGACCGAUCGAACGAAUGUACAGAGACACGCAGUAGGGGAAGGGGGCGGGGCGUGUGACGAAAUGAAGGAUAGUAGCGUAAGAAAACGAUUAAAAGAUAGAAAAAUGAUAUCCUUGACCGUUCGCCGAAAGUGUGCACGAACAAUUCCGAUUCGGAGUUUCGCUUGUCAUAAGUAUAUUUAAGGAUAAUUAACUCGCGCUCGAAAACGGAGGGUGACGGCGGAAGAGAAAGCGAGAGAGUGGGAGUUACAGGGCGGGCCAGGGGGAGUGGCGGGACGGGGAGGCGUGGCUAACAGCGGUGUGUCGCGCGACAUUAGGAGAGUAUAAUUAAUCGUUUCGUUUCUUUUCUUUCUUGUUUCUUGAAUUCACAUCGGGCGGUGCGUUUUAUUAUUGUCUUGUAAAAUAUUGGGGCCACGAAACAUAAUCUAAAACAUGAAAAACGAAGAAAAAAAAUACCAAAAAAAGAGGGAGAGACACAGUGUGUGUGUGUGAGAGAGAGAGAGAGCGAGAGAGAGGGAGAGAGAGAGAAAGAGAGAUUGCUAGAAAGAGAGAGUGAGAGAGAGAAAGAGUAAGAGCCGUGUGCGAGAAAGUGUGCGUGAAAUAGAGCAGAAUUAUGAGAUAUGCAGCUACUCUACGCUUCCAAAAAGAUGGUCGACUACCUCUACACAAACUAAAAUUUGCUCAGAGGCAAUGCGAAUCGUCCACUCGCGAUACUCGAUCGAGUAUUAAUCGAUGGAGUAUUUAUUAUUAAUAAGAGUAAUAAAUAAAUAAAUAACAGCGACAUUCGACGUCUCGGUUCUGGCAAGUUCUUGUUGACGACCGAGGCGCCUCACGAAGAAUGGCAACCGAAACAAAAGGCGUUGAAGUGAGGAGUUCACGAUGGAGGAUGACGUUAGCGUAAGAUUCCAUAUCCGCGGUUUCCUUGUGCCCAGGGAAUCCCGCGAACAUGGAGGCCCUGCUACGAUGUAUUAAAAAUCUUCUUAGAGGAGAUUAGAUGAAGCGAGCUGACAGUUCUCUUUGUUCUCGCGUGAUUCUAGCUUGUGAGCAACGUCGGUCACCUUUUGGGAGGCGUGUAUCGAUCCAGUUCUCGCGUCGAUUGAACGUAGUGCACCGUGUACAGGAACAAAAAUUGAAAGAGAGAGAGAGAGAGAGAAUGAUCAAGGACGAAGAGAAGAGACGAGGGGUCGCCGUGUGUUGUUCCGUUUCCCUUUUCGUUUGUUGUUGCCCUUUAGUUUUCUUCACGUAUUCUUGGUUUCCGAAGUGAUUUCUUCUCGUUUCUUUGUCACGUAACGAACGAUUUUCGCGGAUGAAAGUAUCGGACGAGUAGACGCGAAAGUAACCGGAGAAAGAAUGAUAGGGAACGAGAGAAAGGGAGAGCGAAAGAUGUGUGAACGAGGAAGUGACAAAGGGGAAGAUUGACGAGAAAUUGUUUGUCGGAGGAGAGAGUAUCAGGGACCAACGAAACAAAUGAACAAAACGAAGAAAAAAAAAGAAAAACAUUGAGAAGUAAAAAGCACACAUACACACGGAACACGAAACGAGAGCAACAAGCGUGCUGCUGGUGGUGUCGAUCGUCACGGUGGAUCGUUCUGUUUUUCUACGCGGUAAGAGAUAGGGAGAGACAGCGGGAGAGUGAGCGAAAGAGUGAAAGGAAGAGAGAUAAGGGGGAGAAGGACAGAGAGAACACGGAGAAAGUAAUCGCAGUGCCUCGAGUCGCAAUCGUGACCGAUCACCGACGUUCAACCGAUUAAUAGGGCAAAAAUCGACUCCCGAGCAACGAGACGCGCGCACGCUCGCUGGGCUCGUGCAGGCAGCGACAAUAUGGCGGACGAUGGACGCCUUUCAAGGCGCGCUGUUUUCUCUCGCGCUGUCGGCGAAACACGAUCAUCACGGUUAGAUAGGGGGGGAAAAAAAGGAACGUCGGUCUCGAACAAUAAAAUACAAUGAAACUGGACGCAAAACGGGAAAAGUAGGAAAAGAAUACAAAAAAAAAGAACAAAAGAAUGAACGAAGAAAAGAA